AUGUCGAGCAUUAUUCAUAAGGUCAAGGAUGCCGUGACUGGUCAUCACCACGAUGAGUCCAAGACAACCAGCAGCAAGAUCGAUGAUACCGGCGAUAACUAUGGAUCCUCGAGCAACACCACGGACAGUGCUCCUGGCAAACACACUCCGACCAACACAGGUUCCAACACUUAUGGCUCUGGCCCUGGAGUUGGCUAUAAUAACUCUUCCACUACUGGUGCUGGAGACUAUGGCACUGGUCACGGUGACGCCAACUCUGGUACUUUUAAUGCCUCCCGCAAGGGUCCAAUUGAUGUUGGCCCGGAAACAUCUGGGAACUAUGGCAGCAAAUCUGAUACCUUCGGAUCCAACACUGCUGGCGGAUACGGAUCAUCCGACAUUGGCUCUAGCACAACUAAUGCUGGCUCCCAUGAUUCUAAGCUAGCCAACAAGGUUGACCCCCGUGUGGACAGCGAUUUUGACAACCAAGGAAAACACGCUAGAACUACAGGCUCUAGCAACACCUACGGCAGCACCACUGGCCACUCACUUGGACAGACUGACUAUGGUUCCAACAACCCUGUAUCUGGAAGCACCAGUCACUCCACCGGGCAGUCGGGCUAUGGUUCCGGCAACAACUUUUCUGGAAGCGACAACUACGGCCGUACCACCAGCCAUGUCUCCAGCAACCCCUUAACUGGUGGUACUUCCGGCAACUCUUCUGGGCAGACCGGAUAUGGCUCCAGCAACCCUGCUUCUGGAAUCGCUAGCCAUUCCACCGUAACCGGAGUGUCCAGUUCAAGUAAGCCUCUGUCCGGUAGCGACAACUAUGGUAGUUCCACCGGGCAGUUGGGCUAUGACUCUGGAAACCCCGUAUCUGGAGGUGAUAGCUACGGCAACUCCAUUGGACAGUCGAGUUAUGGCGCUAAUGACUCCUACGGAGCCCGUAGUGGCAGCAGCUACAACGACCAAAUCUCGAAGACUGGAAAGACUACUGGUCCCCACAGCUCCGACCUACUGAACAAGCUUGACCCCAGAGUUGAGGAGAAGCAGUCGUUCGGCAGCCAGCGCAACUACUAG